CUGGGUACACAACACUAUGUACACGUGCAUAGUGGUGGCGUAAAUUUCAAUCGGUUUAUGUUUUUGUUCGUGAAUGUGAUAUUUUGAUAACUAAUUAUGAACAGAAACGCAUUUAAACUCCUGGUCAAGAAUGCCAAGCAGAUAGCCGUCGUCUGCAAUGGCAACCAGCGUGUUCUCCGGGGCGCAGAGAUGUCUAGAGUUGAAGUAUUGGAGGCGGAGGGAGGAGGGGGCGUGAGCAUCAUUGUUGAUUUGUGUGGCAUCAUCGUUGAUAUUGACUAUACGUCUGCUAUAGAGAAGAAGUACAGCGAUGCUAGUUUUGAUCGCGUUAUUGACGCCAAAGGAAUGUGUGUCCUUCCUGGCUUAGUUGAUGGCCAUACACAUCCUGUGUGGGCGGGAGAUCGUGUUCAUGAGUUUGCUAUGAAGCUUGCUGGUGCAACGUACAUGGACGUCCAUAAAGCCGGCGGGGGUAUCGGCUUCACCGUCCAGCACACUCGCUCAGCCUCAGAGGAAGAUCUCUUCAACCUUCUGAAACCUCGUCUUGAAGGGAUGCUGCACGCGGGGACGACCCUGGCGGAAUGCAAGAGCGGCUACGGAUUAGAAACGGCAACAGAGAUGAAGAUGCUGAAGGUGUUGGAUAGAGCUAGGAAGGAGCUGCCCAUCGAGAUCUCCAGCACAUUCUGUGGGGCGCACUCCGUGCCCAAGGGCAUGACUUCAGAGGAGGCCACAGCAGAUGUUAUCAACAAGCAGAUACCAGAGCUUCAGACCCUAGUCCAGAGUGGAGAGAUCCAAGUGGAUAACAUUGACGUCUUCUGUGAGCGAGGGGUGUUUGAUGUGGACCAGAGCAGACGGAUCUUGGAGGCGGGAGUGAAGAUCGGCCUCACCAUUAACUUCCAUGGCGAUGAGUUGAGCUCACUGGGAUCUGCCGAGAUGGGAGCAUCUUUGAAGGCCACGGCCAUCAGUCACCUUGAAGAGAUAAGCGAUGCAGGGAUUCAAGCCAUGUCCGAGGCAGGUUGCGUUGCUGUGAUCCUCCCGACCACUGCCUACAUCCUGAGACUUAAGCCCCCACCUGUCAGGAAGAUGAUUGAGAGCGGGGUACCCGUUGCGUUAGGCAGCGACUUUAACCCCAAUGCCUUCUGCCUGUCUAUGCCUCUAGUAAUGCACCUUGCCUGCGUGAAUCUCAGAAUGACCAUGGACGAGGCGUUAGUAGCAGCAACAAUCAACGCCGCUGCGUCCCUCGGUAAAUCAAUGACCCACGGGUCACUGGAGGUCGGCAAGGUCGGUGACAUGAUCAUCAUUGAUGCACCAAGAUGGGAGCAUUUGAUUUACCAGCUGGGCAACCAUGCGAAUCUGAUCAAACAUGUCAUCAAGAGAGGAGAUGUAGUCCGCUAAAGAACCCGCCCUCUAUUCAAUUUUUGAGAGCUGCUAUUAACAAAAACACCAGAGGACUGGCAUUCUGAGUCCUGGAUUGUCCCGGCUUUGAACCAGGGACCUUCAGAUCUUUAGUGUGACGCUUUAUAGAGCAUAAACUUGCUUUGGAAAAACAGGUUGAGGUUGGUUCCAGGGUCUUCAUGAAGAGAUGAGUCUUCUAAUGGUUUGCUGAGCUGUCAUGUGGGGAUUUUACUGAGCGUAGGACAAAGCGUAUGCUGCUACAAACUGAAAAAGUUUACCAAUGCUAAACAGAAAAAGUUUUCCAAGUUAUUUAGUCCAAUUGGUUUUGAUUUUUGCCUCGCUGUGUUUGGUAUCCUUUUGCUUUGCUGGACUGCCCUGUACGGAAGUUAACUAAGCAAUGGAUAUACGAUGUUGAACAGAAACGGUUUACCAGCUUUAAUACUCAAAUUGCUUACGAUUGGUGCCCUGCUGUGAUUGGUAACCCACUGUUUGUGUUUGCUAUGCUAUUGGUUUGUUGGACUGCCCUGUACGAAAGUUGAUUAAGCACAGAACAUACAGUAUGUUGCUGAACAGAAACAGUUGUCAGCUAUAAUAAUUAUUUAAAGGGCUUGUGAUUGGUACCCUGCUGUGAUUGGUUACCCACUGUUUGUGAUUGGUAUGCUAUUGGUUUGUUUGACUGCCCUGUACGGAAGUUGACUAAGCACAGAACUUACAGUAUGUUGCUGAAUAGAAACAGUUUAUCAGCUAUAAUAAUUAUUCAAACGGCUUGUGAUUGGUACCUUGCUGUGAUUGGUACCCUGCUGUGAUUGGUAACCCACUGUGAUUGGUAACCCACUGUUUGUGUUUGGUAUGCUAUCGGUUUGUUUGACUGCCCUGUACGGAAGUUGACUAAGCACAGAACAUACAGUAUGUUGCUGAAUAGAAACAGUUUAUCAGCUAUAAUAAUUAUUCAAACGGCUUGUGAUUGGUACCCUGCUGUGAUUGGUGCCCUGCUGUGAUUGGUUACCCACUGUUUGUGAUUGUUAGGCUAUUGGUUUGUUGGACUACCCUGUACGGACGUCUGUGCUUACGGCAAGCAGACUUCACGGGUUAGCAGUGAUUUUUGGUUUCUGCGCGUGCAUACUCCACGUAACUAGGCAUUCUACGCUUACAAGGCUAGCGCAGAAAUUGGGGGCUUGCAUGUAAGCAAUUGUUAGCACAGAAUUUGUUGGUAAGCAGAGCCCUGAAAUUGGGCCCUGAUGACAUCAUUCUGAGAGGAAAAAAUUUGUCUCAACAUUUGUGUACUGUAGAUAGUAUUCAAUUGAAAUGGCCUUGUUUGACUGAUGAACAAUUCCCCAUUGGAUUGUAAAGAUCCAUUUGUUUUUUAAAUACAAUGACGUCAUGUUUCAAAUUUCACUUAUUACCACUAAAAGGUUACAAGCCAAAAACACUUCCUCAUACUUGCAAUUUGUAAAUAUUUUCCUGAAAUGUGUGCUCAGCUUUCAGCUGUGAACUUUGUUCAUGCAUGCAUGGGGUAAUUAACUAGUUUGUUACUCUGUGGUGCAUGCAUCCCAAAUUUUUAAUCAAGAUGUUUAUCUUCUGCUCAGUCAACUUGUGUGCAAUAUUAACAGUGAAGAAACAAAUAGGGGCUCCAGUGGGUGCAGCAUAUUUCAGGGGUCACUUCUGGUCAAUUAAAACUAAAUCUUCGAUCGCAUUUUUCUCAACAAAGACCCCUUUCCAGUGCUCUUGUGCCAUUCUCUAUAUUUUAUAAAAUGAUCUAUUGUGGAUGUACUGCCAAACACAAAUAUAUUGUGUAAAUAGAAUAAAAUUAUAGUUAUAAAACCCUUGAAAAUAUCACAUGAAAACGUUUUUAAUAAAUGUUACAGUUUAUUAUUGGUAAAUUAUUGAUCUGAAAUGUCCAGAUUUCAGAAGGACACCUCAUGUCCCCAUUUAUUACGCUACUUUUAAAAGAUGAAAACAAUGCACAAUUUGGUGUGCUAUUUUGUGAAAUGUAAUGCUUGAUAACUUAAAUGACUCGAAAUAUAGUGUGACAAUUUUGUAUAACAAGAAAAUAAAUCUCUUGUUUUCCCCAACCCCUCUCAGCUUAUGUUAAAGACACUGGACACUAUUGGUAAUUGUCAAAGACCAGUCUUCUCACUUGCUGUAUCUCAACAUAU